GCAAGCAAACGUAACUUCGAUUGUGUUGUUGUUUAUUAAAACUUGAUUAAAAGUCCACAGUGAAGAUUCCCAACAGAGAACAUGAAAAUGGACAAAACGUGGCUUGAUGAAUUUCCAAGUCACACACAACUUGUUGCCAGCUGACACACAAUGAAACGAUGUGAAAAAAAAUGUUUUUUUACUCCACUUGUUUUCGAAUGCUGUUCAAAUAUAAAUCAUCCGAACUUUUCCAUUAAGCUUCAGUUUGUGUUGAUCACUUCCUACUGCCGAGACGUAUCUCGUUACAAUCCACAAAAAAAAAUAACAAUUUUUUCUAUUCAUAUCAUCAAGAACAAGUUAGGCUUGUUAGUUGCUAGUUGCACGUGUGAUAUCCGUGAACUUUUUUUAUUUAAAAUUAAAACAUCAUUAAAGUAUAUGAGUUUUUGUUUGAAACUCUAUUAAGGAAGAAUAAACAAGAAACGAGAAGAAAAUUAUUUUUCAUUUUCACAAUCGCGUGAAAAACAAUUUCAUAAACAAGAAAAUUUAUUUCUGAAGAUAAAAAAGAGAAGACGAAACAUAGUGAAAGAUGAGUCGUUUAAAUAAAUCACUUUUCGGUUUGGUUGCAAUUUCUGCUUCAACGUCAGCAACGAGUGUCGGGAAUAGUUCAGUCAUGCCACAACUUCCACUUCUUGUUUCUCAUUCAGCAUCAUCAAGUGCCACGACAAUCAGUAAUAAAACAGCUGAUCGUACAAAACGUGUUGCAGAGGCAAAAGAAAUCAUACGAGCAGCUGAUAUUGUAUGUUUUGAUGUAGACUCGACGGUUAUUCAAGAAGAAGGCAUCGAUGAACUUGCUGAAUAUUGCGGUAAAGGGCAAGAGGUAGCUAAUCUUACAAGAGAAGCUAUGGGAGGAACAAUGACCUUCCAGGAAGCUCUCAGACGUCGUUUGGAUAUCAUUAAACCUUCACAAAAGCAAAUUCGUGAUUUUCUACGAACGACACCGAGUACUUUGUCACCAGGAAUUAAUGAGUUCAUUCAGCAUCUGAAGAAUGAAAACAAGAAAGUUUACUUUAUAUCUGGAGGCUUUCACUCACUGAUUGAUCCCGUAGCCCAAGAGUUGGGCAUUCCAUUAACAAAUUUAUUUGCAAACAAACUUUGGUUCGAUUACAAGGGAAAUUAUGGUGGAUUUGAUGUUAAUCAACCAACAAGUAGAAGCGGCGGGAAGGGAGAAGCAAUCACACAAAUCAGAAACUUUAAUUCAAGUCAAUUGCAAGCUAAUACUCAAUCAAAAAUUGUCAUGAUUGGAGAUGGUGCAACAGACCUUGAGAGUUCGCCACCAGCCGAUUAUUUCAUUGGAUAUGGCGGCAAUGUCGUUCGAGAAAGUGUUCGUGAACGAGCGCAAUAUUUUGUUACUGACUUCAUGCAACUUAUGUAAGAAGGAGAAUAUUUGAAUGAAAAGAAAAACAAUCAUUUUCCUGUGAUAAUGCUAAGAAUCGACAUUGUUAUUGUAUAAUUAAUGAGAAAAACAUACACACAAUAAUGAAUAAAUGAAUAGAUAAUUUUUUAAGAUAAUUUAAA